CGUGUUGUUUUGAGCAAAAUGGCGUUAGACGUUAUUUAUUGUUUAUGUGGACAAUCAACGGAUUUGUCCCGUUUUAUGAUACAGUGUGAUAUCUGUAAAGACUGGUUUCAUGGAAGAUGCGUUGGUGUUCGUGAAUAUCAGGCUGUAGAUAUAGAUCGGUUUCACUGCCCGCGCUGUGAAGUUUAUAAUGGGCCGUCUGUGUUAAAAGCUCGCUUAAAUUGGCAUCGACACGACUACUCCGAGUCAGAUGCUGGUUCAAAACCGGUUCAAACAGGUACACAGGUUUUCAUAAAGGAACUCAAAAGCAGACAUUUCCCCAGCUCCGAAGACAUUGUACAUCGUCUUAGAGGGCAACAACUAACACUGCCAUAUAUUAUCAACAAUGGAUUUAAUAAGCCAAUUCUGGUGGAAGACAAAAAUGGAUUGGACCUUAUUGUGCCACAUGAUUCAUUUAAUGUUCUUGAUGUUGAAAAUUAUGUUGGGUCGGAGCAUGAGGUGGAUGUCAUCGAUGUACAGAGACAAACGGAUGUCAAAAUGCAGUUGCAUGAAUUUAUUGAGUAUUUUCUAAGUCCUGCCAGAACAACUGUGCUCAAUCUUAUCAGCUUAGAAUUCUCCAACACAAGCUUAAGUCAGCUUGUGGAACCACCAUAUAUUGUCCGCAAGUUAUGCUGGGUGACGAGUUCAUGGCCAACAGAUCCACCUCCUGGCCCUCCACUCUCAAGGCCGAAUGUGUCCAAGUAUGUCUUAAUAGGAGUAGAGAACUCCUAUACAGACUUCCACAUAGAUUUUGGAGGAACAUCUGUGUGGUACCAUGUAUUGUGGGGAGAAAAAGUGUUCUACUUGAUCAAGCCAACGCCAGCCAACCUUGCAUUGUAUCAGAGAUGGAUGAAAGCCAACAACCAGUCAGAAAUGUUCUUUGGCGAUCAGGUUGAUGCGUGCUACAGAUGUGUGGUGAGGGCAGGAGAGACGCUCUUCAUUCCAACGGGGUGGAUUCAUGCUGUCCUAACUCCAACUGACACUCUUGUGUUUGGUGGCAACUUCCUCCAUUCCCAGAACAUAGAUCUGCAACUACAGGUUUAUGAAAUUGAGAAGCAAACUGCUGCUCCUGAGAAGUUCCGGUUUCCACACUAUGAGACUGUGAGUUGGUAUGCUGCAACAAGGCUGGUUACAGAGCUGAGAGACAUGGGAGCUGCAGGAACCAGAGUCCCACCUAUCAUGAUAGCUGGUGCUCGGUCUCUAGCAGCAGCCCUCAGACAGUGGGGUGGAGAGAAUGGGAGGGGAGGACUGGAGCCAGUUCCACCAGGCAUCCAGCCUCUGAAGCUCUUCAAGGACUUGCAGAGAGAGAUACGAAGUGCUGAAAAGCAAGUUAUUGCCCUGAAUCCUCCUAAGCCAGAGCGGGAAUCAAAACGCAAGAAAAAGAAAGUGCUGGCCGAUGACUUUAUAGAUUACACCAACCUGACCAGUUUUAAUAAUGUUUUAGAAGAGAGAUUACCUGACAAAAAAGUCAAGGUCAUGAAAGUCAACUCCCCUCAGGUAGAACUUAGUAGUUCAGACUUCGCAAACCUAACAGAAGACCAGAGAAGAACUCUAAAACUCUCCCUCCCGAAGUCUGCAACAUAUCCGUAUGGGUUGAGCUUCACGUCCUCUGACUAUGGCAUGAGUGGCACCCCACCCCAUGACCCUGAGUAUCCACAGUUCAAAAAUGAGUACCCAACAAAUGUCAAGACUGAGUAUGAUUGGUCUGACAGUCCAGGUAUAACUCCAUACAAAUUGGUGGAGCCAGGUGGUGUGCGUGUGCGUCUGGGGCGCACUGGAAGCACCGACUCUGAUGUUCCCUCCACGCCAACAGCUGCCAGUACCCUCAGAGUCAAAAUAGAGAGAAGAGAAACGAUUGAGAAACAGAACAACGAGUCAGUAUAUGACUUCCAUGAAGAUGGGGAUAGUGAUGAGCGAGAACCUUCAGGCCUCAUGAUAGAUGAAACUCCAAGACGUAAAGGCGUUCGCACACAAUCGCAAGAACCGUUAAAGAUCAAACUCAGUUUAGCUGGAACGGAAGUUGUUUGUGGAGAAUCUGUUGAUGUAGCAGAAGAAGUGGAGGUGGCGCCAUCACACAACGCGGCACACAAUGGAAUUGAUGAGCUUCUGAGAGCAUCAGCAUAUGCGCCUGAUUUUAACGAGGACUCCCCUGCACGCAUGGAUGAACUAGACAGUGAAAGUGGUCGUGCCUCGCCAUCCACCAGAGAAGCAAUCGCAGGAAUGUUGAGCAUGAGUCGUGUAGUUCCUGGAGGCCGCACUCCCUCUAGAAAAUUAGGUUCAGGUAAUGCUCGGCAACCUAAGCCUAGAAGGAGAUAUGAUGAUGACGAGAACAUGAGUAAAGUGCAUCAAGAUGAAGAUUAUGUUUACCCAUCGUUAGACUUGUCUGACGAUGAAGACUUCCCUGUAUUCAAACCUCGAGGAAAGAAGAAGGGUUUCAAACAAGCCAAGAAAAGGCAUGGCAACCGCAAAGCAGAGACUGGGCAAGAUUCUCAAGAUUCACAAGAUGCUUCAUUAGGCACGCACCAUUUUGUGCGCAACAAAAGCAGUUUCUUUGUAAAAUCAGAAACCAUUGUAAAGAUUAUUGUACAUAGGUAUGCAGAAAUGUCACUUUCAUUCCUUCUCAUGGUAUACUUUGUAUCAGACAUGAGUUUGAAAAGGGGUCUGGGCAUGGGUAUGAUUAUGAGUAUGGGCAUGGGUAUGAGUAUGAGUGCGAAAUAUUUGGCCAUUCUUAAGUGGAAGACACAGCUGCGACUGUCUGAGGUUCUCAAGUUUGGAUCCUGGGUCUUGUUCUCAAAUAUAGAGCAAAGAACACUGAACAAUAUUAUCAGGAAACAGAUCCAGAGGCAAUAUCUCUUGCAUGAUGAUAGCAUGAUACGGAAUCUGUUGCAAACCUUCCUGGAGCAUUACAAAUUCACCGUGUGUAUGUGUGAUGUAUUAGGACAUAGCUUCUGCAAAAGAUUAGUGUUGUAUAUUUACUGGUGUCUCCGCGCCGGUAUUGCAGGUGCACGGAGCUCCGGCGAACCUCUGCGGGAGACGUGGAGUGCAGAGGCGCCCGUGAAAGGGGUACGGAGUGAGUGCAUUCUGCGACAACAGCUUUCAUGUCAGGGGGACUACGCUAAAACCCUAGGUUGGCUGAGCCGGUGGGCGUGGAAGUCCAUCCGUGGGCGGGCUCAGGGAUAA